AUGGCUAGUCAAGAGUAUUGGUUGAUUUCUGCACCAGGUGACAAAACCUGCCAGCAAACAUGGGACAAGCUACAAGCUGCAACUUCAAAGAUAGAAAAGCCACUAUCGAUCAACUCCAAGUACCAGCUGCCAGAUUUGAAGGUCGGUACUCUAGAUACUUUGGUUGGAUUAUCCGAUGACCUAGUCAAAGUGGAUGGAUAUGUCGAAGGUGUAACGAGAAAACUUACUCAAUAUAUGGCUGACAUCUUGGAAGAACAAAAGGAUAAACUUCCAGAAAAUAUGAAAGUUUCUGGACAUGAUUUACAAACGUACAUGUCCAAAUGGCAAUGGGAUCAUGCUAAGUAUCCCGUUAAGCAACAUUUAAGGAGUAUCCAAGUUACAAACAUUGAUGCAGAUCUUAAAGUUAAAUCCCAGGCGUAUAAUGCCAUUAAGAAUACCCUGCAGUCAUUAGAGCGCAAACAAGCGGGUAGUUUAUUAUCCCGUGAUCUAAGUGACUUGGUGAAAAAGGAGGAUUUUGUCUUGAAUUCGGAAUAUUUAUCAACCCUGUUGGUUAUUGUCUCUAAGUCUUCCGUCAAUGAUUGGACUAAUAAUUACGAAAAGUUAUGCGAUAUGAUCGUUCCACGAUCUUCAAAAAAAAUCUACGAAGACAACGAGCAUGCCCUUUUUAGCGUCACUCUCUUUAAUAAAGUUAUCGAUGAAUUUAAGCAUCACGCUCGUGAUAACAGGUUUAUAGUACGUGAUUUUAAAUAUAAUGAAGCAGAAGUUCAAGCCGGCAAGAGCGAAAUUACCCGAUUAGAAGCCGAUAAGAAAAAACAAUUCGGACCCUUAAUGCGUUGGCUGAAAACCAACUUUGGUGAAUGUGUUAUUGCCUUUGUUCACAUCAAAGUAUUACGGCUAUUUGUUGAAUCUGUUUUAAGAUAUGGACUUCCAGUAAACUUUCAAGCCGCUUUACUUCUGCCCACUAAGAAAAGUAGUAAGAGGUUAAGGGAGGCCUUGAUGAAUUUGUAUCGUCAUUUAGAUAGCACCGCGAAUACUAAUCUUGAUAUUGGAUUUGAGAUCCCAGGAGUCACCACUCAGCAAGGAGAUUAUUAUCCUUAUGUAUACUUUCCCGUUAAUGUUGAUUUCAGUGUUGCUAACUGA